AUGAGAGAAGAGGUAGAACAGGAAAAGUUGAUUAGAAAGAGGAAGAGGGAAGAGAAAGAAGAUGCACCUUAUGUACCUUCUCCGGAGCAUGUUUCAGCGUCACAAUCUACUCCGAGAGAUCUCUUUGACACAUCUCCACUCACCCAAGUACAACCUGGUUCUUCGGGUAAAGGUCUUCCGAUACCGCAAGAUAAUCUACUAGACGUUGAUUUCGACAUUGCAAACAAUUCGCAAGUGUUGAAAUUGGAAAAGAGAAUUGAGGAUGUGAUAGCAGAGAAUAAAAAGUUGGUGGCUGAAAGCAAAAAGAUUGCUGAUAGAGAAAAGAUUCUUGUUGGUAGGGUGCAGAAGUUGGAAGGUGAAAACAAAGUGUUGACACAGAAAGUUAAAGCUGAUCAGAUGGAAAUCGACAUUCUGAAAGUUCGAGUGUCUGAAUUAGAAGAAGAGAAGAAUCGUAGAGAGAUUGAAAAUGAAUACUAUAAGUUGAAAAAUAAAGAACUUACGGCUGCUAAAGCGCUACAUGAACAUAAGUUCUACAUGCUGAAUAGAGUUGUGGAAAGCAUGUUAGAGACAUCAGUGGAACAGAAAUAUGAAGAAUUGAAGCUAGAAGACCUUCGUGCAGAACGUCAAGCAGAAUUAGAAAGGCAGAUGAAAGAUAAGGGUAAAGGGGUGGAAGGAAGUUCUGAAAUGUCUAUUGUACCUUCGAUGGUGAUAGAUAAUCCUGAGCCUAUAUCUGCUGUUCCUGACUUAUUUGAAGAAGAAACUCCAACGCCUAAAUUAAUUGGAGGUUCAGGUGUUAGAGUGACUGAAGCCUCAAAUGAAAAAGUCGUUGAAGAUCUGUUGAAUGACACAAUCAAUGAAGAAAGUGGUGAAGCUGAGGGAAAGGGGGAGUCGAGUAAGACGCAGAUUGUUGAGCAUCAUGAGCCGUUGUUCGUGCGUCUAGAGGAGUAUAAAGAAAUGCUUAAAAAUCAAGAUUAUAAGUAUGAUUAUGUUGAAGAUGCUGAUAUCUACGAUAGAGUUGAGGUUGAAGAAUGUUCAGAUAAUGAAGAGGUUCCUGAAGAUACUUCGAAACUUCCAACGUUAAUGGAGUUCUUUGCUGCUGAGAAUAGAGAUGAAUUACGUCAGAAAGUGACUGAAGCGGUGAAUGAUAAUGUAUUUGAAUGUUUGAGGAAAGAAGCUGAGCAGGAAGGCCAAUCUAAUGUUGAUAAAGAAGGUCAAUCGAAGGUUGAAGAAAUUGAUCGUUCUAAAUGGUUUAAAGAUUCUCAUGAAAGAAAAUUCAAGAGGCCGCUGAAGUUCUUCCAACGAGAUCGAAAUGUUUCGCUUGGCGAUAUUAUUAGUUGGGGUUUUCUUCCGCAAGUUAACGCUUAUGCUAUUCGAAGAGAAUAUGGCGUCUAG